CUUUAUUCCUCAGUUCUCAGUCCUCAGUUCCUCAUUUUCAAAAGCUCGCUCUUUCAUUUUCUUUCCUCGCAAACGAAAAAGCUCUUCUUUUUCAUUCAGAUUCUCUCCAAACGAAUCAAACCCUUUACUGAUUCUCAUCAACAAAGCGUGGUUCUCAGUGAUUGAGAAUUGAGGAACAAUGUCAGUUACUCCUGAUCUCUCUAGGAAAGUGGGGACGAUGGGAGGGAUUACACCCUCUCCCUCUCCUUUUCUCACUCCUCGUCCCGAAAGGCGGCGCAUCAUUGAUUCCAGAGGGGUCGACUGGGCCACCUCCACCCGCCAUGAUAGGGAUAGAGAGGUUAAUGUUCAAGUUUUGCUUCGAUGCAGACCUUUGAGUGAUGAAGAGGCAAAAUCCAAUGUGCCAAGGGUGAUCUCAUGUAAUGAGCAAAAGAAAGAGGUCACUGUGUUGCAGAAUGUAGCUAACAAGCAAAUAGAUAGACUCUUCACCUUUGACAAGGUUUUUGGGCCAAAAUCACAGCAAAGAUCAAUAUACGACCAAGCAAUUUCCCCAAUUGUUAAUGAAGUUCUUGACGGUUUUAACUGUACAGUCUUUGCUUACGGGCAGACUGGAACUGGGAAAACCUACACCAUGGAGGGUGGGAUGAAAACUAAGGGUGGUGAUCUGUCUGCUGAGGCUGGUGUUAUUCCAAGAGCAGUUCGCCAAAUUUUUGAAACACUUGAAGCACAAAACGCUGACUACAGUGUCAAAGUGACAUUCUUGGAGCUCUAUAAUGAAGAUAUAACUGAUUUAUUGGCCUCUGAUGACAGUUCAAGAUGUGCAGAAGACAAGCAAAAGAAACCAAUUUCACUAAUGGAGGAUGGAAGGGGUUGUGUGGUCGUGAGAGGCCUAGAAGAAGAAGCUGUCUACAGUGUUAAUGAAAUCUACACUCUCUUGGAACGAGGGUCUGCAAAGAGACGUACAGCUGAUACCUUGUUAAACAAGCGCAGCAGCCGCUCUCAUUCUGUGUUUUCUAUUACCGUAUACAUAAAAGAAGCAGCUGUUGGUGAUGAGGAGCUGAUUAAAUGUGGAAAACUUAAUCUUGUUGAUUUGGCAGGAUCAGAGAACAUAUCUCGAUCAGGUGCAAGAGAGGGCCGUGCCAGAGAAGCAGGAGAGAUAAAUAAGAGCCUACUCACCUUGGGUCGUGUCAUAAAUGCACUGGUUGAACAUUCAAGCCAUAUACCUUACAGGGAUAGCAAACUCACAAGAUUAUUGAGAGAUUCUUUAGGAGGAAAAACAAAAACUUGUAUCAUUGCUACAAUUUCUCCAUCUGCUCAUUCUUUGGAAGAAACUUUGAGCACACUGGAUUAUGCUUACCGUGCCAAAAAUAUUCGAAACAAACCUGAGGCAAACCAGAAAAUGUCCAAGGCUGUGUUGCUUAAAGAUUUGUAUUUAGAGCUUGAAAGAAUGAAAGAUGAUGUCCGAGCUGCAAGGGAGAAGAAUGGUGUUUAUGUCCCACACGAAAGAUUUGUCCAGGAUGAAGCUGAGAAGAAGGCUAAGAAUGAAAAGAUUGAGCAACUAGAGAACGAUCUCAUUCUCAUGGAGAAGCAAGUGGAUAGCUUUCGCGAGCUCUAUGUUGCUGAGCAAGAGCAAAGACUGGACCUUCAAAGUGAGCUGAAUGAUUGCAAAGUAAGUUUGGAAAGUAGCAACAAGGCAUUGCUUGAUCUCCAAGAGAGCUAUAGACUGGCAAUGGCAACUUUGAAAGAAAAGGAGUUCAUUAUAUCAAAAAUGGUAUCCUCAGAAAAUUCUAUAAUUGAAUGUGCGAAGGGGUUGCGUAAUGAUUUGCAGUAUGCAUCAGAAGAUAUAAGUUCAUUGUUCACAAAAUUAGAUCAUAAAGAUAGGAUGGAAGCAGAAAAUCAAAACUUGGUUAUGACAUUUGGGUCUGACCUUGAUAGGAGUUUAAAAGAACUCCACAAGGUCAUCAUUGGGUCUGUUUCACAACAAACACAGCAGAUAAGAUCAAUGGAAGAACAAGUUCAAACCAACUUUGCCAGUAAAUAUGAUGUGACUCAAGUAAUGAAGUCACGGGUCGAUAAAAUGGCAGAAACAUACUGCUCAGGAGUAGCAGGCUUGAAACAGCUCGCUGACAUGUUGCAAAGAAAAGCAUCAUCUGAUUUGAAUCAGAUAAAUGAUGCAAUAUCAUCACAAGCAACUGCAGUUGAGAAUUUCCUUGCCACUAUGGUUAUGGAUGCCGAGCAGGUGUUGUGUGACAUGCAAAAUUCUCUGAGUGAGCAGCAACAAAUAUUGGACUUUUCCACCAAACAGCAGGAGGAGGGGUUGAAACGGAGUUUGAUUGCGGUACAAGUCAUUUCAAGUGCAAGUAUGAAUUUUUUCAACGACCUCCAUGGCCGUGCUUCUCAAGUUGGUAAAUUUCUAGAAGAAAGCUAUAAAGAAAGAUCCCACCAAUUAGUAAAUUUCGAGAGGAUGUUCAAGGAAGAGGCUGCUAGGGAGGAGAGAUCAGCUUUGGAAAAUAUUGCGGCCAUAUUAGCAACUGUAACAUCGAAAAAAAUUGCUAUGGUAUCAGAAGCAUCAAGGGAAAUCUUGGACUCAAAUAAACAGGAGAAUACUAGAUUGGUGCAGGAGAUGUUGAACAUGCAACAAGUUUCGGUUGGUGCCAGAAAGGAGGUGAUUGAAUUCUUUGAAAAGGCAGAAACUCGGUACAUGGAAGACACAUUCUCAGUAGCUGAGCAUAGAGCCUUCAUGGAAAAUUGCCUACACCAUAGUACAAAGAGAGUGGAUGAUUCAAGGCAACAGUGGGAAAACGCUCAGUCAUCCAUAAACAAUCUUAAUAAGAACAGUGUAGCAGAAAUAGAAUCUACUGUGAAUGAAAACAUAUCUGCGAACACCAUUGCGCACAAAGAAUUUGUUUCUGCAUCUCAGACUGUAGAUGAAGAAUUCAACACUAGAGCAUCUGAUACGAUGACAACAAUCAAUGAUGCACUCGGUCAAGACCAGGAAAAUAAGAAGGAAUUAGAUUCCAUGACAGCCUUGUGCAUACAUCAGCUAAAGUCAGUAGAAGAGGAGCAUGGGCAAGGCAUAUCAAACAUUCAAAGUCAAACAGAGAAAUGUCUCACCAAAGAUUAUAUGAUUGAUGAUCAUAGUAAUGAGACACCUAAGAAACGUGUGGUAGCAAUUCCCAGCUUGAAAUCCAUAGAAGAGAUGAGAAGCAAUGUAAGCACCCCAGAACUCCUCCCAUACAAGAACCACACAACAGACAGCAAGAUCCCUCAUCUGCCAUUUUCACCAAUCAGAACUCCUUUUGCAGAUGUGAAUGAGUAGAUUGGUAUAUAUAUAUAUAUGUGUGUGUAUUGUAAUAGUCAAAACACUAUUCACUCAUCACCUGAUGAGUUGUUAGAAUCUUCAUAUGUAGUUGUCUUUGUAUUAUUUGUAUCACCCUGGUUUCCAAAAUUUAUAUUUUCCAAUUCCCACUAAUAACAGAUCUUACAUUGUUAUGGUU